UUAGAUCUGAUGGUGCUGAAAGAAGAGACUCAUAGACAGAAUGAAAUAGAUGAGAAACAGCAGUUUGAGAAACCCAAAGAAAUAAUGACUGAUGAAAAACCCCCACUGACUAAAAAGACUUCAUCACACGAAAGACUUCGGAAAUCAAAAUCUGGGUGUAAUUUUAGCUGUAAACAGUGUAGAAAGAGUUUCAGUCAGAAGUCAAAGCUUGAUGUUCACAUGAGAGUUCACACAGGGGAGAAACCUUACACCUGCGAACAGUGUGGAAAGAGUUUUAGUCAAAUACAAGGCUUUAAAGCCCACAUGAGAAUUCACACUGGAAAGAAGAAGUUUCCAUGCCAAGAGUGUGGAAAAAGCUUUUAUCAUGCUGGAAACCUUGCAGCACACAUGAGAAUUCACACUGGGGAGAAGCCUUUCAGCUGUAAGCAGUGUGGAAAGAGUUUCAGUCAAAAGCCAAACCUUGAUAUUCACAUGAGAAUUCACAAUGGGGAGAAGCCUUUCAGCUGUAAACAGUGUGGAAAGAGUUUCUGUCAAAAGCCAAACCUUGAUGAUCACAUGAGAGUUCACACAGGGGAGAAACCUUACACCUGCGAACAGUGUGGAAAGAGUUUUAGUCAAAAACAAAGCUUAAACACCCACAUGAGAAUUCACACUGGAGAGAGGAAGUUCCCAUGCCAACAGUGUGGAAAAAGCUUUUAUCAUGCUGGAAACCUUGCAGCACACAUGAGAACUCAUACUGGGGAGAAGCCUUUCAGCUGUAAACAGUGUGGAAAGAGUUUCAGUAAAAAGCCGAACCUGAUUGCUCACAUGAGAGUUCACACUAGUGAGAAACCUUACACCUGCGAACAGUGUGGAAAGAGUUUAGGUAAAAAACAAGACCUUUACAUCCACAUGAGGAUUCACACUGGAGAGAAGCCGUUUACAUGUGAUCAAUGUGGAAAGAGCUUCUCAACCAAAGCUAGCCUCAAGAACCACAUGAAUGGUCACACUGGAACCAUAGUGUUCACAUGUGAUCAGUGUGGAAAGAGUCUCACCCGCAAAGACACCAUUAAGAAACACAUGAAGAUUCACUCAAGAGAGGAUCAUUUUAAAUGCAGUGAAUGUGGAAAGGGCUUUAAGUGUAAAAGAAGCCUCAGCGCUCACCUAAAACUUCACAAUAGAGAGCAGAGUCCUCAACAUUGAGGUCUUGUCCACACAAAUUUGGGUAUAUUCAAAACGACAGCUUUUUCACUGAGUUUGGCUGUUUAUUCACGUUAAGUUUAUUUAUAAACUACCUUUGAGAGGAUCACAUGCUUAUGAUUGUCCACGGCUGGUCGCACAUUAGAUAAAACAUGAUUCACCAAUCAGAUGAUUCCUGACUCACUAUAAAUAGAGUUUCUUACCUUAGUUAUCUUCAUCUUGAAGAAUCCCACUCCCACCUUUACUCCCCCUUCUUUCUAGAUUAGGCAACACCGCAGCCCAGUGGUUAGAACAGUUGCCUCACAGUAAGAAUGUCACAGGUUAAAGUCGCUACUAACCAGUUGACAUUUUUGUGCAGUUUGCUCAUUCUCCCCGUGCUCGUGUGGGUUUCCCCUGGGUUCCCUAGUUUCCUCCCACAGUCCAAAAACACACAACCUAAGUAAACAGAGCAUUACAUUGGCACCAUAGUCGAGCUCUUAGUAAGCCUUAUAUCUCCCUUAAGCCAACCCUAUAUCUGUCAUUAGAAUAGAAACAAGUCUACGGAGUUCAUCGAGAUCUACCUGAGCUUACACUCCCCUCUCGCCCUGCUUACAGGUGGGGGUGGUACUUUGGGUUAAGUUACCUGAAGACGGACGAGUUAACGUCACUUCUGAGGAACUGCACUAUUAAUUGUCUUCAAUAAAGUUUUCUCCACGUAA